UCUCUUGGGCCCGUUGAUCCUCAGUGGGGCUGAAUCCUGAUUGCAACAUCUUUCCAGUUGCAACUACAGCAAUAGGAGAGGAGGAGGAAAGCGGCACAAGGGGACUUUGGAGGCUAAAGGAAAGCUCAGCCAUCCCACCAAGGGUACCUCUGGGGCCCGCUGAUCCGCUCCAUCUCUCUCCUGUGGUGCUGGACCCUGAUUCCGACAUCUUUCCAGUUGCAAUCGCAGCAGCAGGACAGGGAGGAGGAACAGAGGCAAAGGGACUAUGGGGCUAAAGGAAAGACCAGCCAUCACACCAAGGGUACCUCUGGGUCCUGCUGAUCCUCUGUGGGGCUGAACCUUGACUCGGACAUCUUUUCAGCUCCAAGCUCAGAAGAAGAGGGAGGAAGAAGGGAGGCACAAGGGGACUAUGGAGGCGAAGGGAAAGAGCAGCCAUCCCACCAAGGGGGCCUCUUGGGCUGGCUGAUCCGUUUUAUCUCUCCUCUGUGGGGCUGAACCCUGAUUCCGACAUUCCGACAUCUUUCCAGCAGUAGGAGCAAGAGGGAGAUGGAGGCACAGGGAAAGAAUUAUUAUUAUUAUUAUUAUUAGUAGUAGUAGUAUUAUUAAAGGGGGCCUCUUGGGCCCGCUGACCCACUCCCUUCCUCCCCCUCUCCUCCCGCAGCCAUGGAAGAGGAGCUGAAGUGCCCGGUGUGCGGCUCUCUGUUCCGGGAGCCCAUCAUCCUGCCCUGCUCCCACAAUGUCUGCCUGCCUUGCGCCCGCACCAUCGCCGUCCAGACCCCGGAGAGCGAGCAGCACUUGCCCUCCCUGCUCCACCCGAGGGGGACUCCAGGGCCCUCGGGGCCACCGGGGCUGCCCUCCUCCUCCUCCUCGGGACCGGCCUCCCUGGACUGUGAGGCUGGGGGGGCUGUCCCCGGAGGGGGCGCGGGCCUCGGAGGGCCAGACCACGCCGACAAGCUCAGCCUCCACAGCGAGACCGACAGCGGCUACGGCUCCUACACGCCCAGCCUCAAGUCCCCCAACGGGGUCCGGGUCCUGCCUUUGGGCCCACCGCCUCCUCCCGGUUCAGGGGCCGGGGUUCUUCCAUUGCGGGGCGGCAGCUGUGCCAGUUCCUCGCUGACCUGCCCUCAGUGCCACCGCAGCGCCUCCCUGGACCCCCGAGGGCUGCGGGGCUUCCAGCGGAACCGGCUGCUGGAGGCCAUCGUCCAGAGGUACCAGGCCGGCAGGGCUGCCUCCUCCUUGACCUCCUCCUCCUCCUCUUCGGCCAAGUGCCAGCUGUGCGACCGGAACCCUCCGGAGCCGGCAGCCGUGGCUUGCGAGCAAUGCGAGGUCCUCUACUGCGCUCCCUGCCAGGUCAAGUGCCACCCGGCCAGGGGCCCCUUCGCCAAGCACCGCCUGCUCCCGCCGCCCAGCCAGCAAGGCAACCCCGCCAGCAGCAGCGGAGGAGGAGCAGGGCCAGGAGCAGGAGCAGGAGGAGCAGCAGGAGCCCCAGGGGCCAAGGCCGGCCCGGGACUGGCCCCCCGCAAGCCCCCGACCUGCGUGGAGCACGAGCUGGAGAACUACAGCAUGUACUGCGCCACGUGCCGGAGCCCUGUCUGCUACCAGUGCCUGGAGGAAGGCAAGCACGGCAAGCACGAGGUCAAGGCCCUGGGAGCCAUGUGGAAGCAGCACAAGGCACAACUGUCUCAGGCUUUGAAUGGCAUUUCAGAUAAAGCAAAAGAAGCAAAAGAAUUUCUGGUACAACUAAAAAAUAUUUUACAGCAGAUUCAGGAAAAUGGCUUGGAUUAUGAAGCCUGUCUAGUGGCUCAGUGUGAUGCCUUGGUUGAUGCUUUGACACGUCAGAAGGCAAAACUGCUCACAAAAGUUACAAAAGAGCGUGAGCACAAGCUAAAGGUUGUAUGGGAUCAGAUAAAUCACUGUACUUUGAAACUGCGUCAGUCUACAGGACUUAUGGAAUAUUGUCUUGAAGUAAUCAAAGAAAAUGACCCUUCUGGGUUUUUACAGAUUUCAGAUGCUUUAAUCAAACGUGUUCAAGUGUCUCAAGAGCAGUGGGUCAAAGGGGCUCUGGAACCAAAAGUAUCUGCUGAAUUUGAUCUGACUUUGGAUAGUGAACCCUUGCUGCAGUCAAUUCAUCAGCUGGACUUCAUUCAGAUGAAAUGUAGGGUGCCACCCGUCCCGCUCCUGCAGCUGGAGAAGUGCUGCACCCGAAACAACAGUGUGACCCUAGCCUGGAGGAUGCCACCAUUCAGCCACAACCCAGUGGAAGGCUACAUCUUGGAACUUGACGAUGGAGAUGGCGGACAAUUUCGAGAGGUGUAUGUUGGAAAGGAGACCCUAUGCACUAUUGAUGGCCUUCAUUUCAAUAGUACCUACAAUGCAAGAGUGAAAGCGUUUAAUUCAUCAGGAGUGGGCCCUUACAGCAAAACAGUUGUUUUACAGACUUCUGAUGUGGCCUGGUUUACAUUUGAUCCCUGCUCAGCCCACAGGGACAUAGUCCUUUCAAAUGACAACCAGACAGCUUCUUGCAGUAGCUACGAUGACCGUGUUGUUCUGGGCACAGCUGCUUUCUCAAAGGGAGUCCACUACUGGGAAUUGCACAUAGACCGUUAUGAUAACCAUCCGGACCCAGCCUUUGGAAUCGCUAGAAUUAACGUUGUCAAGGACAUGAUGCUGGGCAAAGAUGACAAGGCAUGGGCUAUGUAUGUCGAUAACAAUCGCAGCUGGUUCAUGCACUGCAAUUCUCACACCAAUCGGACAGAAGGAGGUGUUUCUAAAGGUGCAACUGUAGGUGUUCUACUGGACCUCAAUAAGCACACCCUGACAUUUUACAUCAAUGGGCAACAGCAGGGCCCUCCAGCAUUUGAAAACGUGGAGGGUGUCUUUAUGCCUGCAUUAAGUCUCAACCGAAAUGUGCAGGUGACGCUGCACACAGGACUUGAGGUACCUCAGACUGUAAGACCACCAAAGCUGCCGAGCAAUUGAGCUCCUGUUGUUUAAAUCUAAGAUGGAUUUUAUAAUCUUUCUAACUAGCACUUGGCAUAAAUCAGUUUUACAAAACAUUUGUCACUAGGUCAGAGUCAACAGUGGUUAUCUGAUUUGGGUAACCCAGUGAUUUUUUAAAAAAAAAAAUAUUGACAUGCCUUUUGAGUUUUUACAUUGUUUCAAGAUCACCAAACCUUCUGUGCAUUUUUACUGUACCACUGUGUGAAACCUGAUUGGUUUGCCUAUCCAAAAAGCAAUCAUAGAAAGCAAAAAGCUAUCACAGACAGAACAAAAACAAAAACACCCAAAACUCUUUUCCUUUUCACCAUUCAUCUUGCAGCCAGGUGUGACACAAAUCAGAGAUGAUUAACUGUACUUUCAUCUCCAUCUAUUACAAUAGGAGUUAAUUAUCAUUAUGUUAACCUUCUCUGAGUCUGGAUUAAAUCCAUUAUGCCUUCAUUUACUCUAUCCUAGCCUCUGGUUGUGCUGUACCAACAUGUGUGACUACAACCCACAUUUUAUAUGUGCUAAUAUUUUAGGAAAGUUUGGGUAUUAUAGAUGAUCCUAUCCCAAUUCAGCUGUCUUGCUAAAUGACCUCUGUGUCUUACAUUCUGCAAAUCUGGACAUGAUGGAAGAGGAUGAGAGUGAAUUGGUUUCCCCCAUUGAGUAGCAUCAUUCCAAUUUAUUCUGCUGGAUGCAAGGAUUCAAAUUUUAAAACAAUAUAUGUGGCAGCUUUCAAAUCACUUAUCCCAAGGUAGUUCUAGUGGAUUGAAGUUUUUAUCCUGAACAUCCAUAUUGGUGUGUCUGAUUGACUAAAACAACAUACAGUCCUUCUGUAUUUCAUAGGCUGUAAAUCAUGUAGUGCUUUAUACAUCACAUUUUAACAAAAUUAUUUGCAUGCAGAGGAGAUCUUUGCAAGAGAUAAAAGAUCCACUCACUGAACCACAGAUCUGGAGAUAUGGACGAAAUGAAGCAUAGAUCCCAUGUCUGCCUAAUAAUGAUAGAUUUUUAGCAACCCAAUGAGAUUCUUUACCAUCUUUUUUCUUUUAUCUGUUUUCCUCAUUAGCCUUCUUGUCAUCAUAACAUUCAUAUUGCAAUUUUCUUCUUCCAUUCUGGCAAAAUGGACUUGGAUCAACAUUCUUACUCAUGAGUAUUGUUUCUGCUAAUUUUUGUGAGCUUGAGGUGGACACCUGCAAAAAGCUACAGUAGAAUGUUUGGAGACAAAUGAGAGUCUGUCCCUACCUCACCCCACCCUCAGAAAAUAGGUGUUGCUAGCAUACUGUUAAUGAGGAACCCACAUUCCUGAAACUAAGGCACUCACAAGCCUUUGCUCUGUAUUUCCUUUAAACUUUAAAAGAGCUUCUAAGGAUGAAUAAUGGAAAAGCAACUUAUAAUAUACCCUCUGAAAUGAGAAAGCAUUUAGACAAGUACAUUUAUGCAUGUCUUCUUUUUCACUCUACUCAACAGUACUCUUGAGAGGAUUGAAGUUAAGUGCACAUGUAUGUCCUUCAUUGGAUUUCAGUAAUAUCUUUCUGAGUUAUUUUGUGGCCCUCUACAAUGCCCACUGAGUGGCUGUGCAUGAAAAAUUAAAUAUGCUAUCAUACUAAUGAGCUGCAAUUGCAACCUGGGAGCUAAACUAGGCAUGGCACUAAAUGCAUUUAAAUUUAUGAAGUUGCUUGGCUGGGGAUGUAUGUGGAAGUUUAUUGGUGAUAGUGAGGCAUUUCCUUCCAGUGCAACUAGCAGACAGUGAGUGGUUUUUAUCAGCACUGGAGUAGGGAAGAAAAAUGUUAAAUUCACCCCAUUUGGCUGCUAAAAUCUUAAUUAUUAUCAUACAUGUCUGGCAGAUGCCUUUUAUAUUUAAAAUCUUGUAUAUUAAAUGCAAGUAUACAUUUAACAUCAUGUUGAGUUUAGUCUUCAGUGGCCAGUUCAGGCAAUCCUGGCUUUUUAAGCUAUGAGUUAUGAAGCCAGGAAUGAUCACUGUCUGAACACUCUUUGCUUAUCCCUCCUCCUUUUGUGCUUAAUUCCUGGUUAACUUGCUAGGUGCAGAUAGUAGAACUCUGGUUUAAUAUCUGUUAACUAAAUGGGUCUGUAACCACACAAAACAAUUAUAGCACUUUGAUUCCAUUUUUAAGUGCCAUAGCUGCAUCAUAUGGAAUCCUGGGAUUUGUAGUCUAUUUAGAAUUCUUUAGUACAUUCCCAUGAAUAUUAGUAUUAGGGUUCUCCCAUGGAAAAUUCACAAAACUACAAAUCCCAGGAUUCCAUAGAACAGAGUCAGGACAAUUGAAGUGGUAUGAAACUGAUAUAAUUGUACAACAUGGAUAAUAAGCCAGGAUUUACACACCAAUGUCCAUGCUCAAAAUAAAGAGAGGAGUGUUUGAUCCCAGUGCUCAUCAUUUAUGGAGCUGGAAAGGUUUGCUCAAACUCAGCCAUCAACAAACACGUUGUAGUGGGGUGCAAAGUAUCAGCAAUACCAUGGAACCAUCCCUGUGCCUUUUCAAUAAAGUACAUAUAAGGCAAACCAUACUGGUCAAAUACACUGCUUAAAAAAACAUAUAAGACAGGAUAUCAUAACUCAAAGCUAUGCUUGUGUUCUCCUGUAAGUACAUGAAGUAACUGUGUGCUUAAUUUUAAGCGUGUGAAUAAAUGCUGGGUUAAGUAAGACUUUUCUCAGGAAGAUACCUGACAUAAUCAAAUUCUUUUCUCAUUUCGCCUCAUUUCAUAGCAUUUCUUUUAUAAUUAUUUGCCUUUCUAAUCAUGCUAUUUAGGUAUAUCACUCUUUGUAUAUUCAGACAUGCAUGCAAACAUAAACAUGCAUUCUCAUUCUGCUGAAUACUAUAAUAAUCCCAUAUGAUAUCUCAUAUGAUGUACCUGUUGCAAAGCUGCAUGAUUUCAGACUAUAGUUGAAAGAGAGAACACUCAUUAUAUAUACAAAGAGAAAUAUAAUUUGAUAAUCACCAAAAACUUGGCCAUCAAAAGUCAGAUAAACACCUGUAUGGAAUUUCCCCCAAAGAUGCUAGGUUUCUGCAUCUAAACAAUAUUUUCUGUGGGGUACCAUUCCAGCUUUCUUUCCUCUACCUGAAGUCUGAAAAUAUAUGCCACAGAAGGCUUUGGCCUUUUGCUCUCUGCUUGUUCUUGGAUUUUGUACACACUAUAAUAAUAAAAGCUGAGAGCUAAAGCAAUUUAACAGAAGCUUGUAAAUAUCAAAUCUAGUUUUGUGUAUCUUUUGUGUGAGAUACUGCAGCAUUAGGACAAAACUAUCCAUAGCAUAUUUGGGGGCAAUUCAGAUGCUAAAUGGGGUCAGAUUUUUCACUGCAGGGCCACAUGCAGUGGCAUUUAUGUAUUCAGUAACAGCAAAAUUCAUGAGCACGAUACAGUUCUGAGCAUCAGAUAUAAUUAAAAUUGCCACGGUUGACAUCCAUAAUCUCUUGCCUCUAAUGUGGUAUUGAGCAAAUGUAGAUGCUGUGAUGAGAACUGCUGAGGUAAAAAGAGGCCAAGAAAAUGUCUAAAUAAAUGCUUUAGGAAUUAUGAUAAGUAGUCAGGUCAGCACAUGCAGAGACGUACUGUACAACAUAAAUCAGAACCAUGUUGUAGGCAUCCAUUGUGUAAGUCACACAUAUAUCUUCUAGUCAUUAUUCCUGGCCUGUCUGUCUCCAUGAUCACAAGUGCAGGUUCUGCUAAGUGUAACUGUGUGUGUUCAUUUCGAAACAGAACCUAAAUAUUAUGUGCCUGCAUGUUUGUGGUGGUCAUGUUUAUAUCACCACUAGGUUUUCAGGGCUGGGCUUCACACAGUGGCUAUAGUUUCUUGAAAACAUUUCAUGUAAACUGGCCUAAAUGCAUCAUGUCAUAGCACAUGCCGUUUGAUGUGGAACUCAACAAAAUCUCUUAAAAGUGAAGAAAUAUUGGAUAAAGGUUAAAGGAAUGGGGACACUGAGUGAAGAAAUGCAAGAUAAUCUCAUUUUCAUGUAAUAUCUUCUUAUUUGUCUCCACCAAUAAUACUGGAGUCAAACAGAAUGGAGCUUCUUUGUAUACUGGAGGUGACAAAGAAAGUGAAUGGCUGGUUUAAUUGAAUACUUUCUUUUCUCUGGAAAAAAGCUUCCUCUAGCUGAGAAGUUUCUUCCACUGCUGGAAGAACUUCUUCCUGAAGAGAAAGCUUCUUUUACUGGAGGAUGGAAAUGUUUAUACCCAGCACAUUGAAAAAGAAUAAUAUCCUCCCUGAAGCUUACAAGCAAAGGUGCUUUUUUUAAAAAAAAAAAAUGUAGCAUUUUUUCUUAUGAAUCUGAAUCUUACUGGUAGUCCCAGCUAGAGUAAAACCACUGAACUAAGAAGAAUUACAUAUAUGUUGACUCAAAAACUGAUAGAAGAGGUCUGUUCUUGUUGGGCCUACUGAUAUGAUGCAGGCAAUAGUGUUUUAAUUUUAAAAUGUUUAUAUAACUGUGAUACACUGAAAAUGCAAAGAAUGCUGUUCUCUUUCUUAAUUUUAUAAUUUGAAAUAAUCAUACUUUUGUCUGGGAUUUAUUUUAUUUUAUUAUUUUUUAUUUCUAAAAAUGUAGCUGGGUUUGCUUCAAGUCUACCUCACUUAGCCUACUCACUGUGAACUUGGCUUGUAUGAAUUUAGAACAUGCCGCUAUAACAUUGACCUUGGAAGUUCUUAAUAGGCCGGUAUGUGGCAGUGAUUUCCAAAUGGCAAGAUUCUACUUUUGUGAAUCAGAAGAGCUUUAUAGGUAAGUGUCACAGUCACAGAGAAAGUGAGUGUUGGACAUAAUCAGACCCAAGACUAAGAACAUUUUAUUGAUGGCUCAGGGCCAAAGUCAGCCAGAGGUAGGCAUGAGCCAUAAGGUAAUACAGUUGGUCCUCCAUAUCUGCAGAUUCCACAUCCACG